CCUUUGAAAUAUAUGUGGAGGGAAAAAACGAAAACUGAACGACAACAUGGCGGAGCUCUGAGCUUGUAGAUUUCUUUAAACCCUCGAAACCAACGCGAAUUUUGUACGAUAACCAUAGUAUUGCUCAGAUGAGACAUUCCAAUAUGUCUGUAGCGGCGUUGGUCAGUAGUUUUGAUGAUAUUAUCCGCUCAGCUGCGGUUUUAAGCGAGGGAAUCGAAGGAGAAUUUAUUAAGUUUGUUACACAACAAGAAGAAUGCCGUAAGAAGUGGCUAGAAGCUGAUAACAGCACCGCGAAACUCAGACAAGAUAAUGCAAAACUAAAGGCAGAGAAUGAUGCGCUGCAAGUGAAACUGAAACAUGCAAGAAACCAAAUUGAAAUAGAGAUCAAGAGAAGGAUGAAGGCUGAGGCUUCACAAGAUCACUUGGAGAGACAAGUUGCCCUUAUCCGUGAACUCUUGAUGGACAAAGAAACUAUGAGCAGACUGAAUGAGAAUGAGCGCCAGACGUUGAUGCAGUCUAUUCAGAUGAGCCACAUCAUUGCUGAGGACCGAAAUAGUCCAAGGAAACGCCCCUAUGGAAUUGAUGAGUCCUCAGCCUCGAUUCUAUCGCCCUCAGACAUCAGCUACGACACCACUGCAGAUGACCUGGAUGAGCCGUACAAUGCUGGCAGGCCAGUUUAUGGAAAGGCUGAGCCAACUGCACCCUCAGUUGAUGAUCUCCGGCAGGAAGAGGGCACUCCUCCAAAAAAGAUGAAGACUGCAGAACAUCGAAUGGAAAAUGAGGUGGUGGUUGCUGGAACAAAAGUCACAGUCAGCCCCGAUGGUCCCAUCAAAGUGUCUGCUUACAUCAGCCCCUGUAAACAACAGCCUAGUCCUGUAAAACUACUUCCUACCAUCAGGCCCGAAGAUAUAAAUGAUACUGGAUUACCCAAGUCAAACUUGUAUCCAGCACUGCCCAGGACCCCAUCUGUAAGGUCUAAUGUGGAGUAUAUUGGGUCUGCAAACAACCAUAACAAUCAUACUGGUAAACGGAAAAAGUAUGGCCAAGAUAAUGACCAAAUAAUUGUCAAAACUGGUAGGAGGAAAAAGUCACACAUAUUCUGUUCCAAGACGGUUAUUAAGCCAGAAUCAUGCCAGCCGUGUGGAAAGAGAAUCAAGUUUGGAAAACUUGCAUUGAAAUGCAAAGACUGUCGGGCUGUUUGCCACCCUGACUGCAAGGACAAUGUUCCCUUGCCAUGUAUUCCUAGCAACCUCACACCUGGAUCAGGACACAGAAGACAGGAGGAGACACUUGAGUUCUAUACUCCGAACACAAGUCCCAUGGUCCCAGCUAUAGUGGUUCAAUGCAUUUCUGAAAUAGAAAAGCGUGGAUUGAAUGAAGUCGGCCUGUACAGGGUGCCAGGUGCUGAACGAAGUAUCAAAGAACUCAAAGAUAAAUUCCUUCACGGCAAGACCCAGAACCUUCACGAAACUAUUGACAUCCACGUGGUUUGUGGGGUUUUGAAGGAUUUUCUCCGUAAUCUUGCUGAGCCCCUCGUCACAUACCAUCUAUGGGGGGCCUUUGUGAACGCCGCCAACAAAGAUGAUGAUCAGGACAGCUUCAGUGCCAUGUAUCAGGCUGUCAGCGAGCUGCCCCAGGCGAACAGGGAUACGCUAGCAUGUCUGGUCGUGCAUCUACAGAAGGUGUCGCAGUGUACCGACUGCAAAAUGCCCGUGAGCAAUCUAGCCCGAGUCUUCGGCCCUACCCUAGUUGGUCAUUCGUCGCCUAACGUCGAGCCCGUGGACAUGCUGCAACAGACUAAACUACAGCCGCGCGUGGUAGAGAGACUGCUCGCCAUGCCCGUGGACUACUGGAACCAGUUUCUCAAGUCGGACGACAUCCGUUCACCACCCUACAACCCAGCAACACAUAGGACCGACGGUACUCCUCUUACGCCCGAAUGCAGACCAGUGCCGCAAAGCAUGCUGGGCCCUCUUCCAACGCCCGGUCGGACGCAGAGUGUGAAAAAGAAAGGGAGCUUUCUGAGUAGAACACCAAUCACUCCAAGGUUUGGCAGCAAAAGCAAGCAUCCCAACAAGAGACCGACACAUUUCUUCUCGUCGCCCAUGCUCAAGUAGCUCCCUGGCAGUAGGACGAGGGAAACUCCUAAAUUCAAGUUAAUUUUUGCCGAUUAUAUUAGAGAAGCCUCUAACGAACUACACUGUAUUAUACUUUGACUUGAUUUAUAUCGUCAACAAGUUCGCCGUCGAAACAGGCAGACUCAGUUGCUUUUUGGCGAUUUGCACUGAAGCCGACCAAUACUGUGACCCUAGAAUUUAAGUCUAUUUUUAUUUAAUUUAACCAGGCGUUGAUUCCUGUUCAGGGAAAUGUAAACUACAGUGAAACCUGGAUUUUAUGAAAAUCUUAUCGGUCAGAAAGACAGUAUCAUGCAUGAAAUUACCUGUAAACUCUUUAUACAAUAUAUUCCUUUUCUCCCGAGGCAUAUUAUAAAAUCCAGGUUUCGUCGUAUUUGCUUUUCCCUUCUUAGUUCAUUUGUUUUUUAGUGAAUUACCUGGUGAGAUGCCUUAUUUUCACUAUCGCUGUAAACACAUAAGGACAAAUUGAGAGCCUUUAUUGUCUCUACGUAGCUACCAAGUUUCUCUACGAAAGCCAGAGAAACAAUCGUACUUUAAAAACUAAAAGCAUAUAGCAGAAGUGAUUGUAAUAUACCUUUAACUAAAGAGUAAACUGUUGGUAUAGUU